CUCCUUAUGAUGAAGAUGGGCGUGGCCAGUAGCAGUAAUCCUCAUGCUUUUGUUGUUUUUGCCUUUUCAUUAAUCAAUUAUAUUAUUCAUUCUAGAUAAGUAUUUCAACAAUUACACACUAGUUUGCGAUCUACAAAUUAGACCUAAACAAUGCUAAUGCAAUUUGUUGCUCCAUACCCGGUUCAAAAUUUCAUACAGAAGUCACUAUUUGGUCACCGUUUCUGGAAUUAAAAGUCACUAUUCGGUCACUUUUUUCGUCAUCGUUGGUCACUAAAGUCACUAUUUUGAACGGCAUUCAUCGCUACCAGCCCUGGUGUCGCCACCUACGGAUGCCAUCGUGGAUUCUGCGAUAGUCAGUACAUAGCGGCCGACCAGCCACAGAAGUGUCGUCGUCAGUCAGUAGCGGCCGACCAGUCUCGACCACACGCAUCGAUCGCCUUGGCAUGCCGCGUCCAUCAUUAGCGAGUCGUAGUUGAGUGAGAUGGACGUUGGUUGUCGCUUCGCUUUCAAUCAUGAUCUGUAAUGAGUUAUUAGAGACAUGUUUACAGACAAAUGCUUUACUCAGCUUUUUGCGUACAUGCUGCAAGUUAUGCCUCCUAAAGUUAAUCAAACAGACUAACAUACACUUAUGAAAAUCUAACAUAGUAGGCGUAGGCAAUAUUCUUGUAUUCGGCAACUGGAAUUUGAACUUGUUCGCAUAUUAAGGCCUAAUAUCUUGCUCUGUACAUGUAUGUCCAUAUUUCCCCAUAGAGAGUGAUUUUGGAAAUGUUUUAUAAUAAAUUCAGAUUUGUAUCACUGCAAACAUGUGUGCACAAUAUUCAAUUAUAAUAGAUCUUUUGAUUGUGAUGCAGUUUUGACCUGUAUUUUAAUCAGUUUUGUGUCAAAACCUUAUUUAUGAACUUCAAAUCUCAUAAUAAUUCUGCCUAUGUAGCGAAAAUUUACAUUUCCAAGUGUAUUUUCAUAUUUGAAUUGAAUUUAAAUGCGGUUUUCACGUUGAGGCAUAUGUAGAGUAUUCUCUUGAAGAUCAUAUAACUUUUACAUGAUAGAACUUGUAAAUAAGAUCAAAUUGAGGGUGGCUCAUAUUGCCCCGCAUAUGUUCAUAUUACUGUUGUUACCAAGCUGCUAAGUUUUAUAAAAAACAUUCUUCUAUCCUUGCGGUAGAAGAAGCUCCUCACCAAGGGGCUUAUAGAACCACUUGAGGUUGGCAGAACAAAUAAAUAUUCGGUGGUGCAUUUCAUUCAAAAUGCUGAGCCGUGUUAGGGAGAAACUGUUUGUCGAACAAUGGCGCUCACUUCAAAUAGCGAUACGCAUACGCAUGAAGACAUAGCUAGAAAAAACAAGGGAAUAUAUUACAAUAGAUCAAAAAAAUGGUCGCAGUAAUAAAAAUACCAGUCAAGGAGAAAAGCUGAAUAAGCUAGUUCUGUUAAGGUCAAGACUAUUUUCGGUUGAAUAAGCGCUCUAUCAGCUUCCAAUGUAUAAUUCCAUUCAAUUCCACUACUUUAUUGUACCUUUAGUCAGAUACGUAUUUCGACCUCAACAAUAAGUCUUAUGACAAGUAAAUACAUUCCACUAAAAACUUAACAUAAUUUUCGUAUUCCAAUGUAUGUUGGAGUAAUAACGACACUUGGAUUUCAGACUACUUAUUUGCUUAUUUGUAUAAUGUAAUGCAUAUAAAGAAAACAUAAUUUUCUUUUCAUCAAAAAGAUUGUUGUUUAGCAUAAAAAUUACCCAUAAUAACAAUCAUUUGGAAAUUCCAUAUGUUCGAAUGCACCCAAACUUGAUGCACAGACAAACAGACGUAACAGCUUGAACAUUUUUCUGAAAAAUCCAUAGCCCAACUUCUCUACCACCAUCUUGCGAGCAUGUUACACGAAACAAUGUUUCGUAAGACAUUGUCACCAGAAGGCGCUGGAGUGAAAUGUCAAACUCGAAGGAUUACGACGCUAGCGCCUCUAGUUGUGAAACUCGCAAUCAAUCAAAUUCAAAUUGAUCGUUGAAGUGAUGGUCGAUGGUAAUUUCUCUAGUGUUACGUCUGUUUGUCUGUGCUUGAUGUGUCGGUUUUCAUCCUCAUAUAGGUACUAUCGAUCUUGCUAGGGCCUUAUCCGGCUCUGCUUUAACAUGGACAGAACCGUGAAACAAUGUGAAGGUUUGAUAAUUUGUAAAAUGUCUAAGGGUGCUGAUGCCACUCAAUUUAUGUGAAAAACCCAAUGUUGUGUUAAAAUUUGACUAAGGUGUUGUUUGAUAAAUGUUCGUAUCAUCAUUAGCGUAAGUUUGGUAUUCAAUAUUUUGCGCCUGCAGUCUUACGUUUCUGCCAGAAAUAAUAUAUGCAGUAUUCUUGCACUAAAUUCAAAAUACCCGAAACACAUAUGUUGAACAAAAUAAACACAAAAUGAAUUCUUAAAAUUAGAAACAAUCAACCCCGUCAAUCAUUCUCACACCUUUUCCAGUUCAGUCCAACUGAAGUACCAGUGUACGACGACGGCGUCUACACUUUCUUACACAGCCAUCCAACAGGAGUGCGACCAGUUUAAUUGAAUUACGGCUGAUGCCCAGGGGUGAAGCAAUUUAAUGUGUGUAUAAUUGCUUCUCGAUUCUUGCUCCGCUGUUCGCGCUCGAGAGGGCGUCUUGACAUGUGUAGAGGUUGUAGGUACUACAUCAUAUCUGCACAGCAGACAACAUCACCUAUAGCAUCUGCCCGUCGUCAGUGCAUUGUACAGUUCUCCGGUAACUAUCUCGUUGCGAUGAUCGAUUGAGCACUGUUCAGGUUCACUAUUACGGAAGAUUCAUAUAUCAAUUCGCCCACUGUAAAAACAAUAAAUUGUACAGAUUCUGUAGAGUUUAUAGUAAACCAUAAGCCAACCUAUAAAAGAUGUGAUACGCAUCCUGAAGCAAACGUGAUUGAAUAAUCAAAACGAAUCAAGUGUUAUACACGAAGUAACUGGUCCAGAUGCAAUUAGCUUGAAGGAAAGAGAGAAAGUGAAGACAGUUUAUAAUGACGAAAUUGUGGCUACACGUGCAUGUGAUCGUUUUGCUCACGAUACCACUGGUAAUUCCAAAAAGAUCUCGAAGUGACACAGAGUGGGUAAUGGCCGAAGAUCAGAACGCUGUUGAUGACUACAGUGAUGAGGACGAACGCUUCUGUCACAACGUGGACAUUCGGAAUAAUCUCGCUCGUUUGUACUUGAUCGAAAACUGUACCGUGAUCACGGGAUUCUUGCAGCUCGUGCUGAUCGAACGAGUUCCUCACGAGGAGUUCACAAAGUACAGUAUGCCCAAGUUAAGGGAAGUGACUGGAUUUGUGCUGUUUUUCCACGUGUAUAACCUCAGAUCGUUGCGGGAUUUGUUCCCGAACUUGAUGGUAAUUCGUGGAAGAACACUCAUCGGAAACUAUGCGCUGAUUUUCUACGAUUUGCCCGAUCUAGAUGAGAUUGGUUUGAAGAAUCUAAUAGCCAUUCAGGACGGAUUCGUGUUUGUACAGCACUGCCCGAAACUUUGCUACACUGAUACGAUAGCUUGGUCUAACAUAACGCACAGGUCGAACGUAUCGCUUGAUCUGAACUCUUUUGAUAAACCAGACAAAUCCAUCAUAUGCAACAAAACGAACAUAUGCCACGGGUGCACUCAGCCCUACUGCUGGAGUAAUAUGAGCUGUCAACGGUUCCAUACGGGCUACGAUUUCACAGGAAAAAUCAAAUGCCACGAGCUGUGUCUGGGUGGUUGUGAGAACCGGAAGGAUACGGGGUGUCGCGUCUGCUGGGGACCGAAGGAUGGAAAACGCUGUGUGACGAAAUGUCCGGGUGAAAAAGUGCUGUAUCAGGAUACUAUGCGUUGCAUAACCAAGUCGAAAUGCGUCGAUCGGGGAGGACUGCUAUACAAAGGGCAAUGCCUGAAUGAGUGCCCUGCUGGUUUCAGUGCCACCAACGUGGAAAGAGUCGAUGUAGAUUUCUCCAAUCACACGUGCUACCCAUGCCAUCAUCAAUGUCCCAAAAUAUGCGAUGGCUCGCAAAUAAUGUAUCUGGUAGAUGCCGAACGCUUGGAAGGCUGUACAAUCAUAAAUGGGACGUUACAAAUAAGGAUGAGUGAAGAUCACCCGCAAUUGGUUGAAGAAUUGCGCAAAUCUUUGGGAAGAAUACAGGAGAUAAUGGGUUAUUUGAAGGUUUAUCGUUCGAACACAUUACCGUCACUAGAAUUUCUGGAGAGCUUAGAAAUCAUUCAUGGCCAGUUGGAGUUAGGUCACGGAAAAUAUGCAAUGAUGAUAUACGAAAAUGCGAAUCUUCAAAAGUUGUGGAAUUAUGGAGAUUACCCAAUGUCGCUGAAACUGAUUACUGGGAGUAUGUACUUUGUGUAUAAUCCUCUGCUCUGUAUUUCGCACAUAGAAGUACUGAGAAAGAUGACAGAUUACAAUGACUCCAAUGAUUUAAUCAACGCUGAUUCUAAUGGAUUCAUGCAGUCCUGCAAUGUAGUUAGUAUAACAGUGAAAGCUGAAGUGCAAUCCAGUAGAAAUGUCACUAUUUAUUGGACAAGGUUUAAUACGGCCUCUAGUCAACAACUGAUGGGUUACAUUAUUUUCUUCACUCCAUCAGAGACACCACGAUCUCCUUAUGAUGGCCGAGAUGUUUGCUCCGAGUACAGUUGGCAAUCUAAGUUUGUUCAUAUAAACGAAACAGAUUACAGUCAUAGAGAUUUUCUUGCUUACAAUUUGACUGGAUUGAAACCGUUUACACGAUAUGCUUACUACAUAAAAACCUACCUCACUGAUAGUCUUCACAACGUGACGCAUAGAAGAAUUGGUCAAUCCAUAGUUCAUUAUUUCAAAACGCACAUUGCGAGACCUACUCCUCCGUUAAGAGUAUUUACCAUAAGAAAAACAGAGAGUUCUAUCACAUUCUCCUGGAAGAUCCUCAAAUCGGAAGAGAAUCUUGUUCGCCGAUAUCACGUGGAUGUAUUCAUUCAACCUGAUGACCGGAAACUAUUGGAUCAGCGAGACUAUUGUCUCCAUCCACGUGAAGCUGAAAAAGAACCAGAAAUGGUUGAAGAAUGUACCGCUGAAAUGUGCUGUUCCGUUAACAGCGUACUACUAGAUGUUCCCGAGUACUCCGACUCUGAGACGGAUUUCUAUUCUCGAAAAAAGCGCAAUGUACCUCAGGAGCCGAUUCAGGUUCAAGUAACAAAACCAUCCAACGAGUUUCAAAGUAUGAUGUAUGCUUUUCUGAAUGAUGAUCAAAUUUAUGAUCCACCGAUACAGAGUAAUCGUGUAAGACGUGAUACGGAAACUUUUAGGAAUCGAAUCUACUCCAACGAUUUCUUUGCCGGUGGUAUAGAAUAUACAGUUACCAACUUACGUCCAUAUACGUAUUACACGUUUCAACUAUUCGCAUGCAGCGCCGCAGACAACAGCUACUGUAGCGCUUAUAGCAUAUAUUCAGAACGAACUGAUCCUUCACUCGUGCUCAAACCGUUGACUUUGGACGUUAUCAAGGAUGCAACUAUCAACAGUAUUCUGGAACCGUAUAGUAUUCUAAUAAGCUUCUCAGAACCAGAAGCGAGCAAUGGAGCAGUCGUGGCGUUCAAUGUAGAGAUCAAGUUACUCAACGGUCGCACUCAGCGAAGCCGCCAAUCACGUGUGGCAUGCAUAACGAGAUUACAGCAUGAACGAGCGGGCUACGAAUACCUCUUCCGAAACCUAUCGAUUGGUGAAUACGCAGUUAGAGCACAGGCGGUAUCCUUGUCCGGCCCGGACAGUUUCAGUGAUUGGUAUUUUGCCAAGGUGGAUGAAUGGAAGGAACCACCGUCGGAGGAUAAUUCAGUAAGAAAUGGAAUGAUUACAUUCGGCGUUCUGUUCAGUUUAACCAUGGGAAUGAUUGGAGCAUAUGUACUAUAUCUCAAAUUCAAACAACAUCGCGACGAUAAGGAUCCACUCAUCGAAAAUGAUGGUAAUGAGAAUGGGUUUGAAGACUGUGAUUUGAGUUAGAUUGUAUUCUUUUUGCAAUUUUUUUGGUAAGAAUAAAUGAUUGAAAUGCAUACGUAAAAUCUGAAUAUGUUAAA